AUGGAGGAACCGUUAUCUGUUCAUCAACUCGACCAGCCAUUUAACACUUUAGGCGUUAGAUUAUCGGCAGGCAAUGCCAACAGCAAUAAAAAUGAUGAUGUUCCUUUAACCCGGCCACUCUAUUCCAUGCCAGGAAUUUUACACUUUCUCCAGACUGAGUGGGCCAAAUUUGAGAUGGACCGCGCUCAGUGGGAGAUUGAUAAAGCGGAGUUACAGGUCAGGCGGAAAAAUAGUGCUCAACUCUGCUAA